AUGGACCGUGAACAGUAUGAUCUAGGCUCAAUGCCUCCGUCGCACAUGUCAACGCCAGACCAUGUUAAACUUCUUAGUGGGAAAGAUUCGCCCGGAGUGUCUGUCACCAUCGGGGAGACACAAUCCGCUCCUUACCAUCGACGACAUUCACGAGGUCAUUCUGGGGACGAGCGAUUGAGGUCGAUAGAUGAAACGGAAAGCAUGCGAGAUGAGCCGUACGACCUGGUAGAACCGGUCACUCCCAUCAAAGCUCGUCGGUUUAGCGCAGGGCAAUCCGCUGCUUCGUCGGUGCUUCGACGUCUGACCACCAAAAUCAACCCAAUGUCGCGAGGCACAUUUCGAUCUACCAAACGUUCUCAAGGCCGGGAGUAUGCAACCUUGGACGACGGCGAGGAUGGUCAAGCAGCGACAGUAGAUCUCUCAUCAUUGGAGGGUAUGGGCUGGGAGCUUACCGACUUAUCAAACCCUGAUGCUGCACGACUCCAAGAUGAGGAAAUCGAGUCCGAGAGCAUGACCAAGAAGGAUGGGAAACCUGAUUUCCGCAAGUUCGUUCAGAAGCGCGCGUCGGUUGGCGAUGGAAUGAAGGGCGUGGGUGUGCAACUAAGACGGGAUCCGUCACGGAUAGUGCGAAGAGGAACUGGGGGGAUGGGCAACGCGGAGAGCUCCGGUAUCGAUCGGAGCAAAACCGUGCGCGACUUGGGCCAGGACCUUGCGCUCAAGAAGAACAUGAUUGUCGAGGUUGAAGAAAUCGUUGACCUGAGCACUCUGGAUGGUGGGGAAUUGGAAAAUCGCCAGAGUCGCACGUUCGAGACUAUGCCUAUGAGGCAAAGCGUCUUGCCCCAAGAGACGAAAAGCUACUUCUUCCCAGAUGAUCCGGAUAUCCCCAACUGGAAACCAAGGUCAAUGCGGAGCUGGUACAUUUUGUCUUUGAUGGCUCUUGCGUUGGGGUUGGCAGGGUUUCAGGAAUUCUUGUGCCAGAAAUCCUUUAAGAGCGUCCGAGAACACAGUGGUAUCCUUGCCUUCAAUGCUGUGGCGGAGAUUUCGACUUGGGACUUCUUUGUGUGGAAGUAUCUUCCCACGAUGAUCACCAUUGUCUACGCCGUUCUGUUCUCGAUCAUGGAUUUCGAUAUCCGCCGUCUGGAACCGUUCUAUCAAUUGUCCCGACCUCGAGGUGCUUCAGCAGCGGCCUCCCUGAAUUUGGAUCACUUGACCAUGUUCCAAUAUUUCAUCCCGUUCAAGGCUUUCAGACUGCGACAGUGGGCUGUGUUCUUCUCAACCACGGGCAACAUUAUGGCCUCGAUGGUCUCUCCUGCCUUGCAAAACCCUUCGAUCACGUUUGCCACGAAUCCAGAUCCAAGAUGUAAUGCAAGCGGAUGUCCCAAUGGGGAGAAGCAUUAUUGGGUUCGAAUCUCACCAGGCUGGUCUCGGGCUUUGUCGGCAAGCUAUGUCUUUGUGGCAAUCGUGGUCGUCAUUCUGUGGAUUCAGCUGCGCCGCAAGUCUGGGUUACUCAGCGAUCCUAAAGGCAUAGCCGGAAUUGCCUCGAUGGCCACCAAAUCGCACAUUCUCCAGGAUUUCGCCGGACUGGACGAGGCCAACUGCGCGAUAAUCCACAAGCGACUGGCGCAUCGACGAUACGUACUCUACAAGUCUUCGAUCUGGCAGGGUGAAUGGAGCUCGAAGAGUGAGCCGCCACAGGACAGCGAGAGAAAGCUCACCAGUCCACAUCCGCUAAUGCUCCAAAUGAGAGCGGGCAUUCCGUUCCUCGCCUUUAUGGUCUUCUGUCUCAUCUCAGUGCCCAUCAUCACGUUGACCAAGGCUCGGGUGGUGCCCAACGCCGCACCGUGGCUUCCCAUUCUCAUCGCGACCGGCUUGAAGUUGUUCUUUAGCACGUUUGAGUCUGAUGUUCGACUCAUGGAGCCCUUUUAUCAGCUUUCCCGAGGCAACGCGAGACCUGAAAACAGCCUGACCCUGGAUUACCAGGCGACUGUGUACGGGAUCAUGCCUUUCAAGGCUCUCCUUAACAAACACUAUCUCCUGGCAUUGGUGGGCGUGUCAUCGGUGCUGUUGGAUGUCCUGACGGUGACUGUGAGUUCCUUCUCGGUCAACUCAGAGGACUUCAUGCACGUGGGCAGUCAUGGCGAGGACCGAUCCAACGGCGACGAGACGUUCGUUUCGUUCUGGACUUCGCUCGUUCUCUCCGUGUUCAUCUUGCUUUUUGUCAUUUUCACGACAUCCCUGGUAUAUCUUCGACGACGACACCCGUUCUUGCCACGAGAGCCGUCCACGAUUGCAGCGGUGUUGGCCUUCAUCUACGCCAGCAACAUGCUGUCGGACUUUGUCGAUACAGAGACGCUGAACAACAAGGCGAUGGAAAAGAGGCUGAAAAACAUCAACAAACGGUAUGCAUUGGGAUGGUUUAAAGGAAGAGACGGGCAAAUCCACUGUGCGAUUGACGAGGAGCCGAUGAGGAGUAAAUACGUGCAUGGGAAACCGUAUACGAUGGCACAGGCAGGACCGUUGCAUGAGACAUAUUAUUCAGUUGCAUAG